AUGAUUGGCCCGCAAAGACGAAAGAACAUGCAGCAGCUCUUCGUCACCCUCAACACCGAGGCGCUGCGCGAGGAACAGCGGCGUACGUUGUGGGCCAUUUUUGUCGUCGACCGGUGCGUGACUGGCCUGCUACUCGACGGUAGCGAUCUCUAA